AUGGCUGUGUCCUUGUCCGUGGAAACGCUAAACUGGCAUUGCCCACCAUGGGGUGGGUUGGUCCAUGGUCCAUCAUAUGACCGGCAGGCAGUCACGCCAGGGAUUGUCCACAUUGGCCUCACAGAGUUCCACCGCGCUCACCAAGCCCACUUCAUUGAUGAGUUUCUAUCAUCUGGACAGGUGGACUGCCUUUCCUGGGGCAUUUCAGGAGUCAGUUUCGCCGAGGAUCAGCACCUCCAUCAUGCGAUGGAGGAACAAAGCGGCAUGUAUGUCCUGUGCACCCGAAAUGCGCAGGAGCCGAUGGCACGCAUCAUCGGGGCUUACUGCGAACAUCUGUCUGCACCGGGGCACCAUGCUGCGAUACUUGAUCGGCUCCAAGCAGACAGCACCAAGAUCAUCAGCAUAUGCUUGAGAAAAAGCGAUUCUCUGGAUGAUGCCGGAGCUUUGGAUGGUUCGUCGGAAGAUAUUCAAUCGGAUCUGGGAGCCCUUAGGAGCAUACUCGCCUGCACUGACGCGGAGUCGCUGUCAUCGACUGUCCCGUUGAAGACGGCCGCUGCUUAUCUGGUCGCAGCUGCAGCAUUGCGCAAGAAGCGUGAUGCUCCACCUGUGGCUGUGCUCAGCUGUGAUGCAGUGCCGCGGAAUGGGGAGCGCUGCGCUUCUGCGGUAGCUUCACUGGCACAGCAGACCGGCGGUGAUGAGCUCAUGCAGUAUAUCCAGGAAAAGUGGCGAUUUCCCAGCUCGGUCUGUGAUCGCAUCGUGUACAGGUUGACACCCACGGUGCUGCAGGACCUUCACCGAGCAUCCGGGGUGGCCGACAAAGGGCCGGUUGCCUGCGAAGACUUCGUGCGAUGGGUUGUGGAGGAGCAAGAGCAAGAGCACAACAGCAGGAGCAACAGCAAAGGCAAGAGCAGGUUGCAGUCUUUACGACGGGUGAUGGCCGAGCGAGUGGUGGGACUGGUCGGAACGCCGGUCAGUGGCGAGCUGACAGACAUGGAGCGGUGUGGUGAGGAACUUUGUCCAAAAUCCGGCAGCUACGAUUGCACCUCGGGGGGUCUGGAGUCGCUGGGGAAGUUGCUCCGAAUGCCGUGGUUUGCGGGUGGUCAGAGGUUUCGAUUUCGCAACAUUGACCCAGCAGAUGCCAAAUCAUUGCGGAAGGCCACGUGA